AUGAGUUUAGGAACACCAGCCGUUGUGAUGGACAAUGGUACCGGGUUGACCAAGUUAGGGUUUGCCGGUAACGAUUCCCCUUCCUUCAUCUUUCCAACCGCCAUAGCUACAUCCUCCGCCUCUUCCAAAGCCAACAAAACGACAAUCCGCUCGUCAAAUUUAGCUUCGAAAAGAGGAUUGGAAGAUUUGGACUUUUAUAUUGGAGACGAGGCAACAGAAGCCGCAAGUGGACCACAGUAUGGAUUACAUUAUCCCAUCAGGCACGGUCAGGUUGAAGACUGGGAUCAGAUGGAGAGAUUUUGGGAGAGCUCUAUCUUCAAAUAUUUAAGAUGCGAACCCGAGGAUCACUACUUCUUGUUGACAGAGCCGCCAUUGAACCCUCCUGAAAAUAGAGAAAGCACUGCCGAAAUUAUGUUUGAAAGUUUCAACUGUGCAGGAUUGUACAUUGCAGUGCAAGCAGUUCUAGCAUUGGCAGCGUCGUGGACUUCACCGAAAGUACAGGACAGAUCAUUGAGUGGAACUGUUAUUGACUCUGGUGAUGGUGUUACACAUGUGAUCCCAGUUGCAGAGGGUUAUGUAAUAGGGGCUGCAAUCAAGAAUAUUCCCUUGGCUGGUAGAGAUAUAACAUUGUUUAUCCAGCAAUUGUUGAGGGACAGGGGUGAAGCAGACACCAGUUUGCAAACUGCAGAGAGAAUCAAACAACAAUUUUGUUACGUUUGUCCUGAUAUAGUUCAGGAGUUUACCAAAUUUGACCAAUAUCCACAGGAGAAAUUUGCUCAGUACAUUGUUGAGUACACUGAAAAGAGCAAAAAUAAAACGGUCGAUGUUGGGUAUGAAAGAUUCUUAGCACCCGAGAUCUUCUUUAACCCGGAGAUUUGUUCAUCCGAUUUCCUUACGCCAUUGCCAAUUGUUGUUGAUCAAGUUAUACAGGCAUCGCCAAUUGACGUAAGGAAGAAGUUGUACAAAAAUAUUGUCUUAUCAGGUGGAUCAACAAUGUUUAAAGAUUUUGGUAAAAGAUUACAAAGAGAUUUGAAAGCUAUUGUCAAGGAAAGAGUUGGAUUGAGCGAAAAACUAAGUGGAGUACAAAGCAGCGGUGUUGACGUACAAGUCAUUUCCCACAAAAAGCAAAGAAAUGCUGUUUGGUUUGGAGGAAGUUUAUUGGCCCAGACAUCUGAAUUUAAAAGUUUUUGCUACACCAAGAGCGAUUACGAUGAGUAUGGGCCAAAUAUUGUAGUGGAUGGAUUGGCUUUAACUGAGAUAUUCCAAGGACUAACGUCUAGCUCGGAAGAGGAAAGACAGAGGUAUGCUCAGGAACUAUUCAACUACUUAUCAUCGAUAGCGAGAGAUUUAACAACAGAACAAUUUAAUAGAUACAACAAUGACAUCAACAAAACCAUUUUUGACCUAUUACACAGAGACAAGACAUCUGAAGUUUUGGGCGGGAUAGCCGCUCUCAAUACAUUGAUUGAGUUUGACUCGGGAGUGGGAAAAGAAAAUGCUAGCAAAACUGCUCGAUUUUCAAACUACCUUGGGUCUUUGAUCUUGUCUAACGACUUGGUUAUUAUGCGCCAAGCUACGAGGACGUUAGGAAGACUAGCCACCCUAGGUGGAAACUUGACGGGAGACUUUGUGGAUUACGAGGCAAAAAGAGCCAUUGAAUGGCUACAGAGCGACAGCAAACAGCAUGAAAACCGAAGACAUGCCGCAAUUUUGAUCAUCACUGCAUUGGCGGACUAUGCCCCCACAUUGCUCUAUUCGUUAACGAGCCAGAUAUUUGAAAAUUUGUGGUCGCCCUUACGUGAUCACAAGCUUAUUAUUAGGUUGGAUGCAGCAGUAGCGUUACAGAAAUGCAUGCUGAUUCUUUAUAACAGAGAUCCCACCGCCCGUCUGUUUUGGAUCAGGAAAUUGAUUGAUCACGCAUCGGAAAUUCUUAAUCAAAAUAAUGGUGUCUAUGAGGGAGGAGGAGACAACCAGAGCUCGUACAACAUAAUCCCUUCCACUUCGCAAUCCACGGAGAAUAUACAUGGAUCAUUACUCGUGUACAGAGAGUUGCUACAAUACUACACCGAUCCAUUUAUCAUUUCGCGAUUUGAAAUUAUGUAUGAAAAUACUAUCCUAUACAAGCACCAUAAGCUGCCUAUAAUAAGACAGGAAUUGGCGAACGUCAUCCCAUUGUUGUGCAAAGUAAACCCCGAACUUUUUGUUGAAAAAUAUCUUCAUCGCACUUUCUACUACUAUUUAUCACAAUUGAAAAAGCACAAGAACCAGCAUGGCGAGGUUGCCAAUUCUGACAAAAGUGCCAUUUUCCGCAGCAUAGGUUUAAUAGCUUUGCAAGUUGGAAAUCAAACGGCUACAUACUUAGAUGCUAUUUUAGACAAUAUUAGAGAGGGAUUGGCUUAUACUUCAAGUUCCGGUGUACAGCUGAUUUUGGCUAAUGCAACAGCACAAAAUGAAAAUAUCAAUGUUAUCUCGGCAAACAUUGCCUCUUUAUCGUCCGGAUCGAAAUACACAGCAAGCAGAAAAGAAACCGAACCAGCAAUAUUUGAUUGUAUAGGAAAGUUAUCUAUAGCUGUGGGCCCCGCCUUAACAAAGCAUUUGCAGAGGGACAUUUUGGAUAUGAUGUUUGCUAAUUGUUCCCUAUCCAAGCACAUGCAGGAUGUAUUGCUGACAUUGAUAACCAACAUACCUACCUUGACCAACUUGAUCAAUGAAAAACUAUUGAAUCUAUUGAGCUUAGUCCUAUCUGGUAAAGGAUUUCAGCCUCCAGGUUCCCCUUAUGGUACUAUAAAGGUGAAGCAGACUUUGGCAAGAAACUGUCGUCUCAUAAUGAUAUCAAGGGAUACUGGUAUGAGUAUUAAUACAGUCAAGGCCGAUACAAAGCGUUAUGAAAAGUUGGAUAAUGCCAUCAUUGUCCAAGCUUUGGAAAUGUUAACUGCAUUUGAAUUUGAAAAUUACCAGUUGAAUGAGUUUGUGCGAUUCUGUACCAUCACUUACCUUGAAAGCGAGAGUCCUAGGGUAAGGCUUACUGCCACACGUGCGUCAUGUGAAAUUUUUGUAAAGGAUCCCAUUUGUCAGCAAGUAAGUAUUAAUGCAUUGAAUGCAGUAAAUGAAGUCUUGGGCAAAUUAUUAGCAAUAUCUAUUACAGACCCCGUACUUGAGAUUAGAAUUGCUGGCCUUGAUGCUUUAGCAAAUGCGGGCAACUUUGAUCCUCAACUAUCUCAAGCUGAUAACGUCAGAUUACUUUUCAUUGCUUUAAAUGAUGAGAUAUUUGAAGUAAGGAGAAUUGCAAUGAAGAUUUUAGGGAAAUUAUCUUCGAUCAAUCCUGCUUACAUUGCCCCAUUUUUAAGGAAAACAUUAAUUCAACUUUUGUCAAAACUUGAGUAUUCAACAACAAGCAGAAAGAAAGAAGAAACGGCAAUGUUGUUAUCUACACUUAUCAGUAGCUCAAAAGAGUUGACUAGGCCCUAUGUCAAACCCAUUGUUGAAGCAUUAUUACCAAGAGCCAAAGACCCAAGCUCAUCGGUUGCCUCAAGUGCAAUCAAAUGCCUUGGCGAUCUUUCGGUUGUCGGUGGAGAGGAUUUGAAACCAUUUAUACCUAAUUUGAUGCCUUUAAUCCUUGAAACUUUCCAAGACCAAAGCUCCUCGUACAAAAGGGACGUUGCAUUGAAAACUUUGGGGCAGUUGUCCUCUUCAUCCGGUUACGUUAUUCAGCCGUUACUCGAUUACCCACAACUUCUUGGAAUGCUAGUCGCCAUUUUAAAGUCUGACAAUUCGAUACAAAUUCGCAGGGAGACGGUUCGACUCUUGGGUAUAUUGGGUGCCUUAGAUCCAUACAAGCAUAGAGAAGUAGAGCAGAGCUCAAAGAGCAUACCAGCUGAACAAAACGCACCACCAGUUGACGUUGCCUUACUUAUGCAAGGGAUGUCCCCUUCAAAUGAAGAAUACUACCCCACCGUAGCAAUCACGAAUUUGAUGAAAAUUUUAAAAGAUCCUUCUUUAAGCAUACAUCACACAAAGGUGAUACAGUCGAUUAUGUACAUAUUCCAGACGUUAGGCCUUAGAUGUGUAUCCUUUUUGCCGCAGAUUAUUCCUGGAAUUAUCAAUGGUAUGCAUACAUGUCAACAGUCUAUGCUCAAGUUUUAUUUCCAGCAAUUAGGUGAUAUUAUUUUAAUUGUCAAGCAACACAUCAGGCCAUUUUUGGAUGAUAUUUUCAAAGCCAUAAAGGAAUUCUUUUAUAUCAACACACAAUUGAACUUGCAGGUUACCAUCAUCAAUGUAAUUCAGUCUGUAUCAAGGGCCUUGGAUGGGGAGUUCAAAAUGUACUUGUCGGAUGUUCUUACUUUGUUACUUGGUGUGUUUGAAGAUGACAAGUCGGCAAAAAGGGUGUCCUCAUUACACGUGUUGAAAAGCUUUGUCAUCUUUGGACAAAAUAUAGAGGAAUACGUUGAUAUCAUUGUUCCCACAAUCGUUAAAAUAUUUGAGGUUGGCCCUUUGGAGUUACGUAGGGCGGCAAUAGAUACCAUUGGAAAGUUGUCGAGGAAUGUAAUGUUGAAUGACAUGUCAUCGAGAAUAAUUCACCCCAUUUUGAGGUUGUUGAACCUGGGGCCGGAGGAGUUGAAAGAGUCCUGCAUAAAUACACUAAAUCACAUGCUUCUUCAAUUGGGAACAGAAUUCACAGUAUUUGUCCCCAUAAUACAGAAGACAUUGAUGCAAAAUAAAAUUCAAGCACCCAAAUUCGAACAGCUUGUCAGUAAGCUUUUGAAUGGAGAUCCGUUGCCGCUCCACUUGGAUGUGUAUAAAGAUUAUGACCGUGGGCCAUAUGGUGCAGAGGAUUCGGAAAUGCCCCUGAAAAAGCUCCCUGUUAAUCAAGCAGUUUUGAGAGCUGCUUGGGAUGCUAGCCAGAGAAGAACAAAAGAAGACUGGCAAGAAUGGAUUGGACGCUUGAGUAAGGAAUUGCUUUUGCAGAGUCCCUCCCAUGCAAUUAGAGCUUGUGCAGGUCUAGCCGCUGACUAUUAUCCAUUGGCCAAAGACUUAUUCAAUGCAAGUUUUGCCAGUUGCUGGAGUGAGCUCUACUCACAGCACAAGGAAGAGUUGGUACAAUCAUUCUGCAUUGCUCUAUCGUCUCCUACAAAUCCACCAGAAAUUCAUCAAAUAUUGCUAAAUUUGGCCGAGUUUAUGGAACAUGAUGAUAAGUCUCUCCCCAUCGCUAUUUCCACUUUGGGUCAAUAUGCUCAACGCAGUCAUGCCUUUGCAAAGGCUUUACAUUACAAGGAAUUGGAAUUUUAUGAAGAGCCGACAACACCAACUAUUGAAUCGUUGAUAAGUAUCAACAAUCAGCUUCAGCAAUCGGAUGCAGCCAUUGGUAUUUUAAAGCAUGCUCAGUUGCAUCACGAUCUCCAGCUUAAAGAGACAUGGUACGAAAAGCUUCACCGUUGGGAUGAUGCGUUGAAAGCAUACAAUGAAAGGGAAAAGACUGAACCAGAUAAUAUGGAAAUUACCAUGGGUAAAAUGAGAUGUUUCCAUGCCUUGGGAGAAUGGGAGCAAUUAUCGGAACUUGCGCGUGCAAAGUGGGACAACUCAUCAAGUGAAAUUAAACGAAAUGUUGCACCGUUGGCGGCAGCUGCCGCAUGGGGGUUGGGCCAAUGGGAUAGAAUGGAUUCCUGCAUUAAAGUAAUGAAAGCUGCGUCACCAGACAAAGCCUUCUUUAAUGCAAUCUUGAGCUUGCAUAGGAAUAAUUUCGAGGACGCUUCAGAACAUAUUCUGAAAGCCCGUGAUCUUUUGGUCACAGAAAUUACUGCUCUUGUGAGUGAAAGUUAUAGCAGCGCCUACGGUGUUGUUGUCAGGGUUCAGAUGUUGGCCGAGUUGGAAGAAAUUAUCAAAUACAAAUGUUUGCCACAGGGUUCAGAAAAGAGGACAGUCAUGCGUAAAACUUGGAACACUAGAUUACUUGGGUGCCAAAGAAAUGUUGAUAUUUGGCAACGUAUGCUAAAGGUUAGAGCUUUAGUUAUUAAGCCAAAGCAAGAUAUGGAUAUGUGGAUCAAAUUUGCCAAUCUUUGCAGAAAGUCCGGUAGAUUAAACUUGGCAGAAAAAUCAUUAAACUUGCUACUCGAAGAAGGCACUCCUGACAAUCCUUCCCGUGCUCCACCACAAGUGGUAUAUGCUCAGUUGAAAUAUAUGUGGGCAAAGGGACAAAGACCUGAAGCUUUGCGUCACUUGGUUGAUUUCACCACCAGAAUGUCACAGGAUCUUGGUCUUAAUCCAAACGAUUUGAUAACUCAACCAUUGCCUACAGAGGGUCCUGGGGUUCCCAAGCACGUUGAAGAGUACACCAGACUAUUAGCUAGAUGCUUUUUAAAACAAGGCGAAUGGCAAAUAGCUCUUAACAAUAAUUGGCGAUCAGAGACAUCUGAAAUUAUUUUAGGUGCAUAUUUGUUAGCAACGCAUUUUGAUAGCAAAUGGUACAAAGCAUGGCACAAUUGGGCCCUUGCAAACUUUGAGGUUAUCUCAUUGUACACCAGUCAGAAGGAGACGAACAAUAAAAUUGAGACCUUGGAGGAACUGGAAAAUGUUGAUGGAAGUGGUGGUGACGAGGGUGCGCUACAAAGAAGAACAUCAAAGAGUCUUCAACCUCAACAACACGGUCUGGCCACCAAUCUUGAUAUCCCGAUGGAAGCAGUUCAAAGACACGUUAUACCAUCGAUUAAGGGUUUUUUCCAUUCAAUUGCGUUGUCCAAUUCAAAUUCCCUUCAGGAUAUGCUUCGUUUGCUUACUUUAUGGUUCAAGUUUGGUGGAAUACCCGAGGCUGCUCAAGCUAUGACUGAGGGAUUCAACAUGGUCAAAAUUGACAAUUGGCUAGAAGUAGUGCCGCAACUUAUUUCACGGAUCCACCAACCUAACGAAGUAGUAAGUAGGUCUUUGUUUGGAUUAUUGACUGAUUUGGGUAAAGCUCACCCACAAGCAUUGGUAUACCCUUUGACUGUGGCAAUAACUUCAGAGUCUGCCAGUAGGAAAAAAGCAGCUCAAUCAAUAAUCGAAAAAAUGAGGUUUCAUUCUGCUAGUUUGGUCGAUCAGGCUGAAAUUGUGAGUAAAGAGUUGAUCAGGGUCGCGGUUUUAUGGCAUGAGCAAUGGUACGAAGGUUUGGAGGACGCUUCAAGACUAUUCUUUGGCGAGCGUAACACAUCGAAAAUGUAUGAGGUGCUAGAGCCAUUGCACCAUAUGUUGCAAAAAGGGCCGGAGACAAUGAGAGAGCAAGCUUUUGCCAAUGCUUUCGGUAGGGAGUUAGCUGAUGCCUUUGAAUGGGUUUUGAAUUUCAGAAGGACAAAGGAUAUGACAAAUUUAAACCAAGCUUGGGACAUAUACUACAAUGUGUUUAGAAGAAUCACUAGACAAUUGCCUCAAUUGGUGACACUUGAGUUGCAGUUUGUUUCGCCAUUGUUGGAUAAAGCCAGAGAUUUAGAGUUGGUAGUCCCAGGAACGUAUGAAGCCGGGAAACCAGUCAUACGAAUUAUGAAGUUUGAGCCCACAAUCUCGGUGAUUUCAUCCAAGCAGAGACCUAGAAAGCUUUCAUGUAGAGGAAGCAAUGGGAAAGAUUAUCAAUACCUUUUGAAAGGUCACGAAGACAUUAGACAAGAUAAUCUUGUCAUGCAGUUGUUUGGUUUGGUCAAUACUUUGCUAGUAAAUGAUCCUGAGUGUUUCAAGAGACAUUUGGACAUCCAACGUUAUCCAGCAAUCCCCCUAUCACCCAAAGUUGGUCUUCUUGGUUGGGUACCCAAUAGUGAUACAUUCCACAUGCUUAUCAAAGGUUAUAGAGAAUCGCGAAAUAUUAUGUUGAAUAUUGAGCAUCGUUUAUUGUUACAGAUGGCUCCUGAUUACGACAUUUUGACAUUGUUGCAGAAGGUGGAGGUGUUUGCAAGUGCGUUGGACAACACGCGGGGACAAGAUUUGUACAAGGUUUUGUGGUUGAAAUCAAAAUCCUCGGAGGCUUGGUUGGACCGAAGAACCACUUACACAAGAUCAUUGGCGGUUAUGUCGAUGGUGGGUUACAUCUUGGGUCUUGGUGACAGGCAUCCGUCUAAUUUGAUGCUUGACAGAAUUACGGGAAAAGUUAUCCACAUUGAUUUUGGUGAUUGUUUCGAAGCAGCAAUUUUGCGUGAAAAAUACCCCGAAAAAGUGCCAUUUAGAUUAACUCGUAUGUUGAAUUAUGCAAUGGAAGUUAGUGGAAUAGAAGGAUCAUUUAGAAUCACCUGUGAACAUGUCAUGAGAGUCUUGCGGGACAACAAAGAAUCCUUGAUGGCGAUUUUAGAAGCAUUUGCGUAUGACCCAUUGAUUAACUGGGGAUUUGAUUUUCCUACAAAAGUGUUGGCCGAAACUACUGGAAUCAAGGUCCCCCAGAUUAAUAUAGGAGAGUUGUUGAGAACGGGUCAGAUUGAUGAACUGGAGGCGUUAAGACUACAAAAACAGAACGAGUUAGAAAUCAGAAAUGCAAGGGCUGGGUUGGUAUUGAAGAGGAUUACCGACAAGCUUACCGGUAACGACAUCAAGAGACUUAAGGGAUUAGACGUACCCACACAGGUGGAUAAGUUGAUUCAACAGGCUACGAGUGUAGAAAACUUGUGUCAACACUACAUUGGUUGGUGUUCAUUCUGGUGA